UCAACAUAUCUGUUGUCCAUUUCAUCUCUAGCUGUGUUGUUAGAGUGUGAGAUGGUCAAGUUUGGUCAGCUGUGUAACGGCAACUCCAGUAACAGGAAGAGUACAGGGGACAACUUGGGACAAGGACAGUACGGAGCACACAUGUAAUGGCAAGUGUGUGUGUGUGUGUGUAUUUGUGGCUUGCAUUUUGAUGUAUCAGUUUGGUUUUGCUUUAUUUGACUGUUCGCAAUUUACUUCAUAAUUUAGUUGGUAAGAUGGUAACCACAUAUAAUAAUUAUUUCUAAGAACCCAUUAGUACAAUAUGAAUUAUAUCAAUUUGAUCUUAGACCCCUGCUCUGACUGUACACAGUACAAUACUCAGAAAACUACAAGUGAAAACAUACCAUAGUGGUCUGAAUGAAAGACUGUGAAUGCUUUGUGAAUCCCUCUGCAUUAACCCCUUCUAAUCUCUAUGUCCAGAACAGACCAUGUGCAUGAGGGCAUUGACAUCGUGUGUAACGACGGGGCCACAGUGUACGCUCCAUUUGAUGUGAAACUCAACGGCAAAAUGACUGUGUACACAAACCCGAAGAAGGCAGCCAUCAACGAUGGGAUCAACCUCAGUGGGGAGGGUCAGUGUCUAUCCAGAAUCAUUUGUUUUAAUGCUCUGGAAGGAGAUCAAUAGUCUAUCCUGAAUCAUUUGUUUUAAUACCCUGGAAGGAGAUCAAUAGCACAGUUAACGCUAUGCCUAUUGUAAUAAUGCAUCCCGAUGUUCUGACUACUGUUUCACUGAGGUACAGUAUAUACCGGCAACUAAUGUGUCACAUGGCGGAAUGUAAUGGAAGAAUAUAUGGCUAAUUAAUUGAUUGACUGGUUGAAUGAUUGAUCGACUCACACUGUGGUUUUCUGUUUUCCAGCUCUGUGCUUUAAGCUGUUCUACGUGAAGCCUGACAGUUACUCUGGGUUGGUGAAGAAGGGCCAGAGGAUUGGGACCCUACUCCCCAUGCAGAGUGUCUACCCAGGGAUCACUUCUCACGUCCACGUCCAGAUGUGUGACAAGUUCGACCCCACCAAAAACUUCUGA